GUUGUGGCUGGAGUGGAUCAAAGACGAGAGCACGUUGUGUGAGAGUGACGAGGACAAAGAGAAAGUGAUGCCACUCUUCGAGCGAGCCGUCCAUGACUACCUGUCGGUGGCCCUAUGGCUGGAGUAUGCCCAGUUCUCCAUUGGCCUGAUGAAUGCCGAACAAGGGCUUGAGCGGGUGCGGCAGGUGUUUGAGCGGGCGGUCACGGCUGCCGGCCUCCACGUCUCCCAGGGCUCCCUCCUGUGGGAGGCCUACCGCGAGUUCGAGAUCUGCCUCCUGUCUACCGUCCAGGCAGGGGCCAGUGAAGAGAGCACACAGGAGCAGCGGGAGCAGUACUGUUGCGCAGAGGAACCGCAUCUACAGCCUCUUCAAGAGGCAGCUUUCAGUCCCACUUUUUGUCGGUUGCCACUGGCCUGCAGGCAUGGAGAAGACGUACCAAGAGCUGAAAGAGUGGAGUGAGGCAGCCAUUGAGCCAUCUGUGGAGCAUCUCUACAAGAAGGCCAAGCUGAAGCUGGAAAAAGUGCAGGAAUACGAGACAGCUCUGCUGUGUGAAGAUGACAGGGGAGUGCCGGACCUGUCGACAUACCUGCCCUACCUGGAGUGGGAGCAAGCGCAGGGUGACCCCGCCCGCAUCCAGUGCCUCUACGAGCGUGCCCUAGCGCAACACUGUCUUGUGGCAGACCUCUGGGAGCGGUACAUGGCAUAUCUGGACAACCAGCUGAAGGUGGAGUCUGUGUCCCUGCCCUGCCACGAGCGGUCUGUACGCAACUGUCCGUGGUCUGCCAGCCUCUGGGCCUCCUACCUGAAGGCACUUGAGCGCUCACACGCUGAGCACAACAAAGUCAAAGAAACCAUGGAGCAAGCGUUACAAGCUGGAUUUAGCCAAGGGCAGGACUACCAGCGGCUGUGGCUUGCUUUUCUUGAUUACCUGCGGCGUCGUGUUGAUGCACACUCGGCACAAGGUGAUGAACUGUUGACUCCUUACGUGGAGGACCUGCGAGCAUCUUUCCAAAAGGCCGUUGAGCACCUUUUGCAAUAUUCAUCAACAGAAGAUGAUAUAUGUGGCCCUGUACUAAAGUAUUGGGCAAAAGUUGAGGCCAAGGUGUGCCGUAACCUGCCCAGAGCUCGUGAGCUGUGGAACGACAUCACCAACCAGGGGCGUGCCACUGAUGCUCAGACGUGGCUCGAUUAUGCAAAUUUUGAGAGGACUUUUGGUGAUGACAAGCACUACCGGAAGGUUCUGUUUCGAGGCAUGUAUGCUGCUGUUGACUGGCCCGAGACCCUUGGGGACCUGCUGCUGCGUUUUGAGCGCGAGGAAGGAACCCUAGAAACUUUGGAUGUAGCGACGGAAAAGUAUGAGGCUCACAUGCGGAGAGUCCUCGACAAGCGAGAAAAGGCAGCAGCACGGGAGGCAGCGCGGGAAGCGGAGCAGGAGGCCCAGAAGAAGAUCCACCGAGCCGAGAAGAAGGCCGAGAAAAAGGCUGAGAAAGCAGCCGAGAAGGCUGAGAAGAAGGCCGAGAGGAAGGCCGAGCGGCAUGCUGAAAAGCGACGAGAAGCUGAGGCCAAGGUUUUCCAGAGGGUGCCACCUGGCUAUGCCAAGAGGAAAGCACAGCCACCGAGGGAGCCUCCUGACAAUCAGGAGCAGGCAACAGACAAAGAUGGCUUCAAAGUGCCGUUGCUGCCUGCUGCCAAAGCUGCGGCAACAGCUGCGGAGGAACCGCCUUCGAAGAAACAAAAAACCGAGGGAGAGGAAGAGAGUGUGGGCAAGGAGGAGUCGCCAAAGCAUGGUGAGGUUGUAAAACCAGACCCACUGAAGGAUAUUCGCACUGUUUUCCUCAGUAACCUGGCCUUCGAUGUGGAAGAAGAACAGAUCACGGAAGCCUUCAAAGAGGUCGGUGAAAUUGAAGAACUGCGUCUUGUUCGAGACUACAAGGGCAGAUCAAAGGGAUUUGGCUAUCUGGUCUUCACACACAUGCAAAAUGUGGAGGCAGCUUUGAAAAGGGACCGCACUCCCGUCAACGGCCGGCCUGUCUUUGUGUCAAAGUGCAACGAACGAAACCAGUUCAAGUUCCGGACGGCAAUGGAAAAGAACAAGCUUUUCGUCAAGGGCAUACCUUUCUCUGUAACUGAGAAGGAAUUAGAGGAGCUCUUUGGAAAGUAUGGUGAACUGAAAGGUGUUCGGCUAGUCACAUACCGCAAUGGUCACUCAAAAGGAAUAGCAUAUGUGGAGUACGCCAAUGAGACGUCCGCCACGGUGGCGCUAGUGCAGACCGACGGCAUGUCCAUGGGCGAUCAGACGCUCCAGGUGGCCAUCAGCAACCCUCCGGCACGCGGAGCUCGCCAACAGGGCAAAUGGGACUCAGCUGAGGAUGGGCAGCAAGGGUCUCAGUUCCCCCUCGCAUCCCAAGUGGCCUCCUUGGGUGGUGGACCGAAGGAGACUGGCCUGAGAGGCCGCGGUCGCACUCAGGUGUCACUGAUGCCCAGAGCGGUGCAGCAACGCUCGUCUACUACUGCAGUGGUGAAGAAACCAGAACAGAAGCAGGAGCAGCCAAUGGAAGUGUCAGACUCGUCUGCCGAAGGCAGUAAAGGCCUCAGCAAUGAAGACUUCCGAAGCAUGUUACUUAAGAAGUGAUGCGGCAUCGCAUUUAGACCAGACGCAACUCUAUGUUCUGUUCUCAUCUUUCAUCUGUAAUUCCAUCAGCUGUCCAUUGCGGCGCACUGCUCUGUCUGUGAGGUUGUUCAUAUAUAAAUUAUGCAAUAAAAUCUUUAAUUCUGGUCGAAUCAAA